AUGGCUUUGCGACCUGUCUCCGGCACCCGCAUCGGAUACCAGAACCGGACUGCGAAGUCGAAGCUUCGGGUGGAUCAGCCCGCCGUCGUCGGCGGCGUGGGAAUAACUGGGCCUGCCGAGCGAUUUCCUCAGCUGUGGAUGCUGAGGAGCGCUCCCAUAAUGAUUGCUCAUGACAUCGGGGGCUGUAUCGAGACCGAGACACGCAUCUUCAAGUCACACCCUUCAUCGCACCACUUGCAGGAUCAGUUUGCCUUCCGUUCAUCAAGCAACGUUGAGAUUGGUAGCAGUUUCUUAGGUGCUUCUUCAAUGGCGCCACUCGAAGUCACGCAUUUCAUCAACGGAGAGUUCGUGCCCUCCAGUGACGGCAAGACAUUCGAUCUCUUUUCUCCUUAUUCGGGGGACCUGGUUGCCCAGGUAUCUGAAGCCACGACAGAAGAUGUCGACAAAGCUGUUGCAGCCGCGAAAGCAGCAUUUCCAGCCUGGUCGGCUCUGUCUCCCCAGCAGCGUGGACGGCCGUUGGCGAAGCUAGCCCAGCUGAUCACAGAUGCCGACGCAGAGCUCGCGAAGGCCGAUGCGCUCGCUCUCGGUCGGCCAGUGAGCAGUUACUUUGAUGGCUACUAUGCCGCAACCCACUUUCGUUACUUUUCCGAAGCUGCGUUCCCUGUUGGCACGUCCUCGCUGAACACACCGGGGUUCCUGAACAUGUCGCUACGCCAGCCAUACGGUGUUUGCGCUGCCAUCAUACCAUGGAAUGCGCCACUUGUUUUUCACAGCAAGAAGCUGGCGCCUGCUCUGGCCGCUGGAAACACUGUAGUGUUGAAGACGAGUGAAAAGGCACCUCUUUCCCCCCAUAGAGUCAAUCAGAUGUUGAAUGAGGCUGGCUUUCCUCCUGGAGUCGUCAACGUUAUUCAUGGACACGGUGCUGUGUCUGGUAAUGCAAUAUCACACCACAUGGAUAUUCGUGCCUUGUCUUUCACAGGCUCCGUCCCUACAGGCCGUCUAAUUCAGAAGGCUGCUGCGGAUUCGAAUUUCAAGCAUUUGAUCUUCGAACUAGGCGGCAAGUCUCCCGCCAUAGUCUUUGAUGACGCAGAUUUGGAGCGGGCAGCCAGGGAAACUCAGCACAGCAUCAUGUGGCAUUCCGGCCAGACAUGUAUGGCGAACAGUAGAAUCUAUGUGCAAAAGGGAAUUGCGGAGAAAUUCAUCGACACCUUCAACUCCUUAGCAGGGGCACGAAAGCUGGGUGACCCGACAUUGAAGGAGACAGACUCCGGGCCACAAGCAGAUAAGACACAGUUCGACACUGUCCGUCGUUACAUUGAGGAAGGCAAGAAGACAGGCAAGCUAGUAGAACCAGGCACUAAACUGCCAGAAACAAACGCUGACAACUUCGUGGCGCCUGUUGUGUUCCUACAACAACCUGAGGACUCCAAGGUCAUGAAGGAGGAGAUAUUCGGCCCCGUUGUCUGUAUUAAUACGUUCGAGACCGAGGAGGAAGCCCUCAGGAUCGCCAAUGAUACGGAAUACGGCUUAUAUGCCGCUGUCUAUACCAAUGAUAUUGACAGGGCGAUGCGCUGUGCGAAAGCAUUGGAAGCGGGUAUGGUUGGCGUGAACUGCACAUCGCCAUCCGGCGCGUGGGACAUGCCAUUUGGAGGCUACAAGCAGAGUGGUGUUGGUCGCGAGAGUCUCUUAAUGAGCAUGGAUGAUUGGUUGGAGCACAAGGCUGUCUACAUUCGCGUUGGUGGAGCCGACAAGUCCGCCGUUGGCAAUCUUACUCUGGGACGAUAA